ACUAUCGGCUGAUUAUUAUUGCGACCCGUCGGAUAUAUCGAUGAUUCGCCGAACGCCUCAGUUCCUUCCAGUUCGAUCUUGGCGAAGGGCUUAGCGUAAAUUUUGAAGCCAAAAUGACGGAGCUCUGGGCUGGUGAAUUUGGAAGGUACCAAUGGAUUCAGUACUUGCUACACCUUUUGCCGGCCUUCACAGGUGGAGUUCAUAUGCUGUCGCAAGUAGAAGUCGGAGCCACACCUAGACACAGAUGUUUGGCGGUGAACGACACCAUUAUAGAGUACGUUGGUUCAUGCCAUUACAUUUCCGCGACCAACCAAACGUUGCCUUGCAGAGCGUGGGAAUACGAUCGCACCUAUUACGAAUCGACCAUCGUUACUGAUUGGGAUCUGGUGUGUGACCAGAGGUGGAUGGCCUCUGUAGCGCAAUCCGCCUACAUGCUUGGCGCUUUCAUUGCCAGCUCGUUACUUGGACAGAUGUCAGACAGGUACGGUCGGUGGAAAGUAUUGGUUCCAACCGGAGCACUUCAAAUGGUUUUUGCCAUUGGUUGUGGCUUUGUACAGAAUUAUUACAUCUACGUUGUACUGCGUUUCCUUAUAGCAAUCAACGUCAGCGGAGCUUACAUGAUUGGUUUCGUUCUGACUAUGGAAAUGGCACCGGACCGAUACCGUACGAUGAUUGGCUUCAGUUUUCAGUUGAUGUUUGCUGUGGGGAUAACAGUGGUGGCCGGCUGGGCUUACGUUAUUCGCCACUGGCCUAUUUUGCAAAUCAUCUUUGGACUGCACAGCGCGCUAAUGCUUCUUCACUGGUGGUUUGUUGAUGAAUCGCCACGCUGGCUAUUUACCCAGGGGCGUUAUCAAGAAGCCGGCGCCAUCAUCCGCAAGAUGCUUAUCCAGAAUGGCAAGGCCGAUGCCAUCCCGGAGCAAGGCUUUACACUUGAUCAGCUGCGAAAGGCCUUGAGCACGACGUCAGACGUCAAAGAGUCUCUGGAACAGCCGACGGCCAUCAGUCAGAUCUUGCAGGAAGAUGGGAAGCAAACGACGGCCAUCGUGGCCAGCAAUCCGGCCGAUAAAAACGAUUCCAGUGAACGGAAAUACGGCAUCGUCGAUCUAUUUAAAUCGCCCCGUCUAAGAAGCAGGACAUUCAACGUUUCUCUGAAUUGGUUUGCCAAUAGUUUGGUCUAUUACGGCUUGUCGCUGAAUACCGGCUCCCUGGUGGGCGAUCCUCAUUUGAUGCUCUUCAUUUCGGGCAUCAUCGAAGUGCCCGCCUACCUCCUUUCGGCCAAGAUCAUUGACAUACUUGGACGUCGUCCAGUCAUCAGCUUUUGCCUUGUGUCCGGCGGGCUGGCCUGUAUCUGCACCACAUACUUUCCUCAAAGUAGCUUCGCAUGGACGACGGCCACCACUUCGGUGGUCAUGCUGGGGAAGUCCCUCAUCUCAAUUUCAUUCGCCAUCAUCUACAAUUACACGGCAGAACUCUUCCCAACGGUGGUUCGCAGUUCGGCGGUAGGCAUCGGUUCAACAUCGGCCCGAAUUUCCGGUACUCUGACUCCACUCAUCUUCCUCUUGGACUCGUUGGAUCCGAAAUUACCGUCGGUCUUGUUUGGUAUCGUGGCUUUAGCCGCUGGCUUUUUCUCGCUUUAUCUGCCGGAAACAAGGGACAGCACGCUGUUGCACACGUUGUCAGAAGGCGAAGAAUUCGGCAUGGGAGAUACGUGCUUUGCCUCACUAUGUCGCAGUAAGCCAUCAUCGGAUAACGAACCAGUCAUUCAGGCCGGCUCAAUUGCUCAACUCGAAUCGCAGGAAACAUGAGCUCAUUUAUAACUGGAAUAACAUGAUAAAAAAACAAACAGUCCGCCGUGUCACAUAUCACACCUGCUCGAAAGGACCACCCCCACCCCUAAAAAGAAAGAGGAGAAGGCAACACCCUAGUUGGCUAAACGAAACCUUGGUAGUAUACAAAUGUGCGGUUCGGUUUCUUUAAAUUUGUGUUUGAAGCCUUUUUUUUUGUUGAUAGUAGCUGUACAGAUAUACAUAAUUUCGGUACUUUA